UGUCGGUUUUCUGUCCAGUAAAUGCAAAAGCAUAAUUUGACAGAGAUGUCAGUUAUUCCUGCAGGAACAACUUUUUCCUUUGGAAGUUAUUAAAAGUUAUUUGAGGAAUGAAAGGUUGUCCUGAGUUUUAAAUAGCAUUAAUUAGGAAGAUCGUGUUAAGUGCAAAAUAGUGUCACACGGGAGAAAGCGAGCUACGUGAGAAUACAAUUGAAGACAAAGAGUACACAACAGGUUAAUCAGUAGUAAUGUUUUCUUGUAAUUGCCUAAAUAUUGUGAUAGAAAUUGAGAAACAUGAUAAGACAGUCAAAAGGGAGGAUCUCCUGCUGGACGCUCAAGAGCAAGCUGAUGAAAUAUUCAAUUCCGAUAGUUGGUAUAUUGCCAAGCUGCAAAACAUUAAAAGAGCUCAUCCUGGACUAAUUGCAUCAAAGCAAAUAGAUUUAUGGACAAUUUCCCAUUGUCUCAAUUGCGACGUUGAAACUCAUGCCAUUCACAAGGAAAAGGGGGCUUCUUGUGUGUUCAUCAAUGCCAAGUUAUUGAAUGAAAUGGCAAUCAAUAAGUUUAAAACUAGUGGCUUAGUAUCAACCAUAUUUAAUAUAGUGGUAAAUCCGAAUGCAAAUGGUUUUGAUACUUCCGUUGUGGACACCUACCCCAACCGAAAUGUGGCAAAAAUCAUCAAAGAUGUGAAUGAUGUUUUUACGAACUACAUUAGAGAGGAGCAGGCUGCUGUGGAAGAGCGAGUGAAGAAAUACAGCGAUGAACAAUAUGAAUUGCUGAAUGGCCUUAAGGACAAGGCUUAUAAAGAACGAGAGGCUCUAGUUAGGAUUAUUCAAAAAGCUGCAAUAGAAGGCGCCUUAAUUCAGGAUCUAUCGCCCAAAUCCCCCAAAGCAUUUGGCAACGUAUCUUCGGACAAACACUCAAAAAGUAUCAAUAAUUCACCAGAAGUUCCAUUCUCACCAAAACGACCAAAGAGUAACACUGGAAGCGACAAACCAAAGUUGGAACAUGUAGUAGAUGAUAUGAUGUUUACUUUUGAAACGGACGAAUUUACUAAACCUAACUUCCAUGCGGCAGGCGAAUUCUACAGCGACUCUGAAGAAAUAGAAGAAGCCGAAGAUGCCAUGGUCACUGUGACUGGGAUGGCGAUCAUCCAUGAUAGAUCAGCAGGCUGGGACGGCCUUGUGGCCAAGUCCUGUCCAGUGGACAUUCCCAACUUUUCGCAGCUGGUGCGAAACAAUUCCAAUCAGUCAAAGAUCGACGGCGUUGGUAUUGAUGGCCUGUCGCCCAAAGGGAAUGGGCAAGUUGAUAUUGCGGCCAGCAUGAAAGCUUUGGCCAGAAGCGUCCACGGUGAUUCCAUAUUUGGAGAUCUACCCAGGCCAAAGUUCAGUACACAGAUCUGAUUGGGUUCAACGUCAACUGCUGUUUAAGUGUGCUUCCUUUGGGAUAACAGCGUAAUAUUAAUCGCCUAUUGGUUAGGAUUGCAUUUGUUAUUGGCUCAACGAGCUGUACUAACGGCACUGGAUUAGGGUAAGAAUAUUUGAUUGGAUUGGCUGAGGUUUACUGUCGUCUCGAAACUUGCUAGUCUGCUCAUCUUCCAUUUUAUACAUGCUGAGUAUUUUUUAUGCUUUGCCACAUGAAAUGCUGGUAAAAACACACUACCCCAAAUUGUUCUUGUUUAGAAUUAUCGGGCAUUUUGGGAAUAUCAAACUUUGUUGAACGUAAUACUUUUAAAAUUAGUGCUUUAUUGUUGGUUGUGCCAUUAUCAAUGCCCUGCAAGUACCAACUGAGUGUUGGCUAAUUCAGCAACUCCGUUUAUGCGUUGUUUGCCCCGUCACUUUUACUCAAAUACCCAGUUUUUGUUGCUGAGUGCUGCUAAUAUGCUUCUAAUUACUUAUAGAACUUACUAGACAUAUAGCUACCGAAUAAUGCGAAUGGGAAGUUUUAUAGGAUCAUCACAUGCUGAGUAAUUUUGAAAAGAAUCACAUUUUCAGUAAAACUUUUCCCACUGGCUUAUGGAAUAUAAUAUUAAGUUAACAUUCAAUUGAUUUGAUCUGUUCUUACAUUUUUAAGGGUGUAAAUAAGUGAUACUGAGCUUGAUGAAGUGAACACUGAAUCGUACAAUUUUUAUAGUUUGUAAUAUUUUAGAAUAAAGUUACUGGUUUUAUUUCCAUA